AGCCAAUGAGCGCAUUCCACAUGCGGACACCGAACAGUGCAUGCGGAUCAGUCGAGAGGGACAGAAGAGAAACGCGAUUGGUGCUGAUGGUGAUAGUGCGUCCCGGCUCCUUCCAACUGCAACUCAAGGAAUGAGCUGAAGAUACGACAGGAACCGGAGCAUUCGCCACCUCAUAUUUUGUUUUUAGAAAUUGAACAAGGACGAGGGAAGCCAACAACCGACUAAACCAGUUACUCACAAGAUAUUUUGACAAGAUUUUGUUGGUAGGGGUUCGCUCGAGGAGGCGGCAGGGAUUGAUUCAGUGAAAAACUACUGUCAUCAAGCGGCCAUCCACUAUGGAGAACGCUCACACGAAGACAGUGGAGGAAGUUUAUAGUAACUUCAAUGUAAUUGAAAGCACGGGUCUCAGUUUGGAGCAAGUGAAGAAGCAGAAAGAGAAAUAUGGACCUAACGAACUGCCUGCUGAGGAAGGGAAAUCUCUGUGGGAGCUUGUCAUAGAGCAGUUUGAAGACCUUCUAGUGAGGAUUUUGCUUCUAGCAGCCUGCAUAUCCUUUGUGCUGGCCAUGUUCGAGGAGGGUGAGGAGACCAUCACGGCCUACGUGGAGCCAUUCGUCAUUCUGCUCAUCCUCAUCGCCAACGCCAUUGUUGGUGUGUGGCAGGAGAGAAAUGCAGAGAAUGCCAUUGAGGCCCUCAAAGAGUACGAGCCGGAGAUGGGGAAGGUGUACCGGCAGGAUCGCAAGAGUGUGCAGCGCAUCAAGGCCAGAGACAUUGUCCCCGGAGACAUUGUGGAGGUGGCUGUGGGUGACAAAGUUCCUGCCGACAUCCGCCUCACUUCAAUCAAGUCCACCACGCUGCGGGUGGACCAGUCCAUUCUGACAGGAGAGUCUGUUUCGGUCAUAAAGCACACCGACCCUGUGCCUGACCCCCGCGCAGUCAACCAGGACAAGAAGAACAUGCUCUUCUCUGGCACCAACAUCGCCGCGGGCAAGGCGGUGGGCGUGGUGGUGGCCACGGCCGGUGCCACCGAGAUCGGCAAGAUCCGCGACGAGAUGGCGGGCACGGAGCAGGAGCGCACGCCGCUGCAGCAGAAGCUGGACGAGUUCGGCCAGCAGCUCUCCAAGGUCAUCUCGCUCAUCUGCAUCGCCGUGUGGAUCAUCAACAUCGGCCACUUCAACGACCCCGUGCACGGCGGCUCCUGGAUCCGCGGCGCCGUCUACUACUUCAAGAUCGCCGUGGCGCUGGCCGUCGCCGCCAUCCCUGAAGGUCUGCCUGCUGUCAUCACCACCUGCCUGGCACUGGGCACUCGUCGCAUGGCCAAGAAAAAUGCCAUUGUGCGCUCGCUCCCCUCUGUGGAAACCCUGGGAUGCACCUCUGUCAUCUGUUCCGACAAGACUGGCACCCUCACCACCAAUCAGAUGUCUGUCUGCAGGAUGUUCACUGUUGACAAAGUGGAGGGAGCAGAUGGCUGUUCCCUGAAGGAGUUUACGGUCACUGGAUCCACCUAUGCCCCUGAGGGACAAGUUUUCAAAGAGGGCAAGCCGGUCAAGUGUUCUGAGUAUGACGGUCUGGUGGAGAUGGCCACCAUCUGUGCUCUGUGCAAUGACUCAUCACUGGACUACAAUGAGACCAAAGGAGUGUACGAGAAGGUGGGAGAGGCCACCGAGACCGCCCUCUCCUGUCUGGUGGAGAAGAUGAACGUGUUCGACACGGACCUCAAAGGCCUGUCCAAGGUUGACAGAGCCAACGUCUGCAACUCGGUGGUGAAGCAACUGAUGAAGAAGGAGUUCACCUUGGAGUUUUCUCGGGACAGGAAAUCCAUGUCUGUGUACUGCACUCCCAACAAAGCCCGCUCCUCCAUGGGCAAGAUGUUUGUGAAGGGAGCUCCUGAGGGAGUUGUGGACAGGUGCACGCACAUCCGAGUGGGAGGCAACAAGGUGCCACUGACGCCCGGCAUCAAGGAGAAGAUCAUGUCCGUCAUCCGCGAGUACGGCACCGGCCGCGACACCCUGCGAUGCCUGGCGCUCGCCACCAGAGACAACCCCCCCAGCAAAGACCAGCUCAACCUGGAGGACUCCGCCAAGUUUGCAGAGUAUGAGACGGACCUGACGUUCGUGGGCUGCGUGGGCAUGCUGGACCCGCCGCGCGCCGAGGUGGCCGCCUCCAUCAAGCUGUGCCGCCUGGCGGGCAUCCGCGUCAUCAUGAUCACCGGCGACAACAAGGGCACGGCCGUGGCCAUCUGCCGGCGCAUCGGCAUCUUCGGCGACAACGAGGACGUGUCGCGCAUGGCCUACACCGGGCGCGAGUUCGACGACCUGUCGCCGUCCGCCCAGCGCGAGGCCGUGCUCACCGCACGCUGCUUCGCCCGCGUCGAGCCCUCGCACAAGUCUAAGAUCGUGGAGUUCCUGCAGUCCUACGACGAGAUCACCGCCAUGACUGGUGACGGUGUGAACGACGCGCCUGCCCUGAAGAAGUCCGAGAUUGGCAUCGCCAUGGGCUCCGGUACCGCCGUGGCCAAGUCGGCGUCCGAGAUGGUGCUCGCCGACGACAACUUCUCCACCAUCGUGGCGGCCGUGGAGGAGGGCCGCGCCAUCUACAACAACAUGAAGCAGUUCAUCCGCUACCUCAUCUCCUCCAACGUGGGAGAGGUCGUCUGCAUCUUCCUGACGGCGGCGCUGGGCUUCCCCGAGGCGCUGAUCCCCGUGCAGCUGCUGUGGGUGAACCUGGUGACGGACGGCCUGCCGGCCACCGCGCUGGGCUUCAACCCCCCCGACCUGGACAUCAUGAACAAGCCCCCCCGCAACGCCCGCGAGCCCCUCAUCUCCGGCUGGCUCUUCUUCAGAUACCUGGCCAUCGGAUGCUAUGUGGGUGCUGGUACUGUUGGAGCUGCUGCCUGGUGGUUCAUUGCUGCUGAGGAUGGACCCAAAGUUACCCUCUACCACCUGUCCCACUUCCUGCAGUGUGCGCCCGAUAACCCUGACUUCGAAGGCGUGUCCUGUGAGAUCUUCGAGUCGCCCUACCCCAUGACCAUGGCCCUGUCUGUCCUCGUCACCAUCGAGAUGUGCAACGCUCUCAACAGUGUGUCGGAGAACCAGUCUCUGCUGAGGAUGCCCCCGUGGGAGAACGUGUGGUUGCUGGGCGCCAUCUGCCUCUCCAUGUCCCUCCACUUCCUCAUCCUCUAUGUGGAGCCCCUGCCGAUGAUCUUCCAGAUCACUCCCCUCAACUUGACCCAGUGGCUGGUGGUGGUGGCGAUCUCCCUGCCCGUCAUCCUGCUGGAUGAGUUUCUCAAGUUCGCCGCGCGCAACUUCCUGGACCCGCCCAAGGAGCUGGACGAGAAAAAGGGCUGCUCGCUGGCCUCCUGCCUGGAGGGCAUCUCCUGGCCGUUUGUGGCCUUCUCUCUGCCCCUGGUCAUCUGGCUCUAUUCCCGGAUCCUGCCUGUGAUUUUCUCCUCCUGACUGACCUAAGCACAACAACAACAACAACAACAACAAAAACAACAACAUACAGAUGAAAAUGAAAUGAAACCCCCACCCCCCCACCCCCCACCCCUUCCUCCUUCUUUGUGUGUUGUAGCUAGGGAUUGUGUGAGCGUUUUGCGUGUUUGCGUGCGAAAGUAUGCGUGCGUCUUCAAGUGUGCCUGUGCAGCUGUGAGCGUGCAUGUGAGGGACGAAAUGUUUAACACAACCAUAACAAUAAUAUAAGAGAAAAAAACGCCUAUGUUUCUUUUUAAUAAAAGUGUAUUGGGGAGGGUUUGUGUGGGGAGGGCGGGGGCACAUUGUUUCUUUCGAGUUUGUCGGGAGCUUUUUUUUUGUCCCGCGGGGUGGAUGACUUCUGCCACAAUCUGGUCUUGAGAUGAUCAGUUUCUCUUUUUACGUUCGUCAUUCGGUUGCCUUUUUAGAACGUUUUUACAAUUUAACAAAUUGUAACUUCUCCAUGGUCUCAUUUCUAAUCUAGUCUCUUUUUUUUUUCUGGUGCCCCCUACUAUCCCUUGGAACAUAUGGCUGAGAGAUUGAACCGUGGUCCAGAGAUGUGUACAGAGAUUUAACACUAUUUUAUGCAAGUUUUCAUUUGCCUUUUUUCCUUUUUUUUUUUUUAAAUCAUUUUUGUAAAAAUGUGUUUUUGAAAUGGAGAGUGCACGGUAGUGUCGACUUUGGUCGUUUGAGGUUGUUUACUGAUGUUUACUGUUGUGUCUUUCGUCCGAACAAACAUCAAACUCUUACAGUAUGAUUUGUGUGCGUGUGCGUGUAUGUGCGUGCGUGUGUGUGUGUGCGUGUCUGUCUGUCUAGAGUAAGAGAUGCAUGAGCCGGGGAUGGAGCUGAGUGCCGUUGGGAUGGGAGGGUUUUGAUGGGCAUCAGGGAACCGGGUGAAUGUUAAUUUGUUCAUAAAAUAUCAACUGAAAACAAAUCAGAAAUUUCCUUCGAAAACAAGCUGCAUGUUUUUGUGAUCUUGCAUGCACUGUGCGUGGGAAUCCCCCCCCCCCCCCCCCCCUCAAAAUAGAUCUAUUACUGUGUGUGUCUCCUGGUAAUGUGUAAUAAUAACUCCUGUUAUUACUUUGUGUUAUUAUUCUAACAAUACAUUCUGAUUAGUAAAGCCAGUUUUUUGUCUGUACUAGGCAGAGCACAGCUACCUCAAUACAGCCUCCAUCCCCCAACCCCACCUGCCCGUCUGCCCCUUCCUUGUUAGCCUCCGCUACUGGUCUACUUGACCACUCCACCAGAACCACAACCAUCACGGCCCCCUCCUACCUUACACCUCCGAUUCGCUCGUGCAGAAAACAACAAAACUACAAAAUUGAGACCAAAUCAUUCCCAGUUUCUUUUUUUUUUUUUCUUAAGGAUUUAUUUGUCUCUGUGUGUUUUAUAAUUGACUUUGACAUAGAUUAACUUAAUUUGUAUUGUUUUUUUUUCCUUUGGUGUGAUUUUUUUGUUUUGUUUUUGGUCCUAUUUCCUUAGGUUGGGUGGGUGGGUUUGAAUUGUAAGGAUGUAAAUGUUACCGAUAGGGGACUGAUAGGGGACUAAAAGGGGUGUGCGUAUGCGUGUGUAUGAAUCAGAAGAUACGACAACAAUAAAACCGAAAUAACAGAUGGCGAGUUCUUUUUUUUUUUUUUUUUUCGUUUUUUGCUUUUGUUUUUGUUUUUUUUUUGGCAGUUAUUCAGAACAUGAACUUGACAGUGCGAGGAAGAGAAAUGCUAUUGUCACACUUUAUUUUCUACAUGAAGAAAAUACACUCUCAUGAACCAU